AUGGGGGGAAGCAAAGAACGGGAUGGGGGGAAGCAGGUAGAGGGUGUGGGGAUGGGGGGAAGCAAGUCAGAGGAUGAGGGGAAGCAGGGCAGGGGAUACGGGGAAAGAAGGGAUAGGAUGGGGGGAAGCAGGGCAGGGGAUACCUCUGUCCCUUCCCCUCUGUCUCUCAUCCUCUGUCUCUCACCCUCUGUCUCUCAUCCUCUGUCUCUCAUCCUCUGUCUCUCAUCCUCUGUCUCUCACCCUCUGUCUCGCAUCCUCUGUCUCUCAUCCUCUGUCUCUCAUCCUCUGUCUCUCAUCCUCUGUCUCCCAUCCUCUGUCUCUCAUCCUCUGUCUCUCACCCUCUGUCUCUCACCCUCUGUCUCUCAUCCUCUGUCUCUCACCCUCUGUCUCUCAUCCUCUGUCUCUCAUCCUCUGUCUCUCAUCCUCUGUCUCUCAUCCUCUGUCUCUCAUCCUCUGUCUCUCAUCCUCUGUCUCUCAUCCUCUGUCUCUCACCCUCUGUCUCUCAUCCUCUGUCUCUCAUCCUCUGUCUCUCAUCCUCUGUCUCUCAUCCUCUGUCUCUCACCCUCUGUCUCUCACCCUCUGUCCCUCCCCCUGUGUCCCUCCUUUUCUGUCCCUCCCCCUCUGUCCCUCCCAAGCUAUCCCUCCCCCUCUGUCCCUCUCAACCUAUCCCUCCCCCUCUGUCCCUCCCCUUCGGAUGGAAUGAGGGAGGUAUAUGCGGGGGGGAAUGAGGGAGGGAUAUGUGGGGGGGAAUGA